GCGCCUUACACUUAAAACGUAGGUUGUAAUUAUUUAAACACGUGGCUCAUUUGUCGGAGUUUUAUGUAGUUGUACCUAUUAUUAUUAAGAUUAAAUUAAGUUUUACCCGACCGUCUUCACUGUUGUUGCUGUCUAAAACAGCCCGAGCCAGUGACUUCAUGUUCCGGCUCUCUUAGCAACGGUUGCUAACAACUGAGGCUGCUGUUGUUAAUCUUCAGAAAAGUCUCCGUGUUCGUCAGUUUUAAAACUUUCAGCUGCAAAGCACAGUUGAAACCAUAUCUUGGAGAAGAUCGAUCACAAGUGCACUCUCGGACAGUAAGGAGAUGGAUAUCGAUGAAUCAGAGCUCGCCAAACUGCAAAGACAGUUCAGGAUCAUGGAGGGAGAUCGACAGGCUUACAGCAUGGAGGCCAGAGAGCAGAUCCGCAAACAACAGCAGGAGAUAGACAAGUUGCUGAAGGAGCAGGAGGAGCUGCAUCGAAACCUCGGUGUGUCUCAGAGCUUGUCCCGCCAUCAGCAGGACAGCGAGGACGCCGAGAGUCUCCGAGCUCUGCUGGAGCAGAGGGACAUGUUAGAAGAGGAGCUGGGAAAAGAGAAGCAGUGUCACAAAGACUUGAAAAGAGAGAUUGCAAACACUGAGGUGAAGCUGGCACGGCUGAGAAAAGGAGAGGUCAGCAGUCGUGACUCUCGGACAUCUGAGGUACGACGGACUAAGAAGGCCGUACAAACGCUGGAGUACAAACUGGACAGGGCUUUGACUCGCUUCAAUGAGCAGCUGACUAAAAACAGCCGCCUGAGAGAGGAGCUGCAGACACUUCAAAUCGAGCGUGUCCGUUUUCAGCAACUCCACAACAGGUUGGACAAGGAGCUGCAGGAGGUGCGCAAGAAGAUCGGGGAAGUUAUCAACCUGUCCACUGCUGCGUAUGAUGCCAGUGCGGAGGCUCAGUCCAAAGUGACUGCAAUGAGGGAAAAGGCGGUGAAGGACCUGGCCCAGUACAAUGCUGAGAUGAAGGAACUGGAAAGGGUGAUUGCACACGAGAACUGCCUGAAAGAGUUCAUGACCACCAAGUGCAGCGAGAGGAGCGGCCAGGACAACGGCCAAGACAUGGGACACAAACAGGUGUCAGAACAGCAGGAGCAGCAGAGGAUGGAUGCAGGGGAAGAGUCGCUGGAUGCUCUGGAGGAGGUUUUUGAAAGAAUCUGCACAGUGACAGAAGAGAAGGAUCUGCACAUGCUGGUGACCAGAUUCAUCCAGGCUGAAGACCGGAACUUAGCGCUCUUCAAUUUUGUUAACGAGCAAAACACUGAGGUUGAAGCCCUGAGGGAUCAAAUCAACCAUAUGCAAGAGGAGAUGGAGCACUUUCGAAUGAAAGGUUUGCAACAGGAGCACGAUCAUCGCUCUUUGCUCAGAGACAUUGACGGACAGCUGAAGGAGACAGAGUCCAAAGCCGAUCACUAUGAAAGCAAAGCCAGCAUCAUAAGCAAAAUCCUGGACAAGAUUAAAACAGGAGUGAACAGCACCUUCUCUAAGCUACAGUGUGACCGCUCAGUGAUGGAGGACAUGCUGGGCCUGUCGAAGGGAAUCAGCGAAAACAACAUCAUGUUCUACCUGGGUCUGGUAGAACAGAAGACCAAUGAGCUGCUCACCAUUCAAGAUUUCCUCAACUCCAAGGAUUUAGAAAAGGACUACAAUCCAAGAGACCUGGCUAAAAUCCUUUUGGGUCAAAAUCCAGAGCAGCUUCAGGAAAACACCAAAAUCCAGCCAACAAUCAACAGUGUGGCUUAUGAUGCAGAGGAGGCUGUCGUAACUGACGAGGAAAGACCACUUUCACAGGAAGAACUGCGCAGAAGAAUUAUAAAAGUGAGUUCUACAUAGACGGGAAAUGACUAUUCAUAGGAUCAGUUUUUUUGGUGUCGAAUGUGAUUUUUGUAGGUUCAGUAGGAGUUCAGCCUGUGCACGGACAGCUGGGACUCCCUGGAAGACGGAUCAGACACAUUGACCUGAUCAGUUUAAUAAUGAUGACCCCCCCUGCCCCCCCCCCCCCCCCAUCCCUGUUCUCAUUAUACACAAUCUAUGGUCUUGUUUUCACUAUUUAGCAUAAGUGGAGGCCAUGGCUAUUGACAGAACCAGCGUAAAAACCUUGCAGUUUGCACAUGUGCACAUUAAAGGCCUCGCUCAAAAGCAUGUUGUGUAUUUCAUCUUUUAUUAUGAAUCAUGAGCCUGCUAUAUACAACAGUAUAUGCUGAUUUGUUUAGCUGGAGCUAAUUUGCUUUUGGGGCAAUUAGCUUUGGAGCCAUAAAGAUUUUCAGACUCUGGUAACCAGCUGUGCUUUUGAUGUGGGACUUGCCAUCUGGCUUUGACUACACAAUCUGGCCUCCCUUGCUGGCUGUUCUCCAUUACAUGGUACAUGGUGCUAUACUCAAAUGAAAAGGUUGAGGGCAGCAGAACCUUUUGUAAUUUUUAAUUUGCUCGCCAAGCCCUUGAUUCGGAAAUAGUUUCUACCAUCGACUGUUGGUGGGAUUAUAAUUAUGUGUAUUUGCGCGUGUCAGUGCCGUUUCCUAUCAUAAACUAUGUACUCAUUUGGUUAAAACGGUGCCAAAUGACAUGUCUGUCAAACCGUUCUCAACAAUCAUUAACAUCAGUGAGUGUUCAUGCUCAGUCAGACACUGAAGGCACACUGGCAGAUUACCAUCCCUUCUUUGUGUGUGUAGCAGUGAUAUC